AUGGUAUUUAACGGCUCGGCAAACUUCGUUGGCUGGAACGAAACGGAAGGCGAACUUCGGCGUAACUGGGGAUCGAAACGGUUGCGAUUCUUGGCUAAGAAGUACAGUCUCAACCACUGCCGAGCUCUUAAUGAAGCGCGGUCUAUUGAACCUGCUUCAACACAAGAACACAUAGAUGCAGAUGAUCUCUUUUUUGCGUUUUCUGCUGAUGACGACCGAGCUCGCAGUAAGCAUACCUUAAUGGAAGAUAGAAAAGGUAAACGUCCCUUCGCAACAGUGAUGUCUCUUCCCAGUGUACCUUUGUCUACAGAUGUAGAUUAUGCAGAAAUAUCAGAAGGUUUUCCUGGAGGAAUAUCUCGUUUGGAUCUGGGUGAUGGACGCUUGCACAGUCCUAUUGGACCGGUUCCCCUUGGUCCAGUCUCUAACGAGGAUCGCCAUGAGGCGAAUCAACCUGAUCGUCCGCUCCUUGAUGGUGUCAGAUCUAUUUCGCGAUUCAUGCAUCGUUAUCCACUGAUGAAGCAAACCUCUGUGAUGGAGACAACGAAACGUGGUGUUCUUGAUGGAGUGCUGCGCAAUCUCGGGCAUCAUAGCGGAAAACUGUUCAGACCUCGAUACAGACGAUAUAGAGGUUUGGGCGUGCUCAGUUCCUUCUAUGACGGCAGCCUACAUAGAGAAAAGAUUGAUGCUCUGGAUCCUGUAGUGCGGGAUGUGAUUGAAGCAGGAUCAGAUGAAAGACCGCUGUUCACUUGGUGGGUGACAUCCGUGCAAGUAAUUGUUUGCAUUAUUUCUCUGUUAUUCUACGGGAUUGGACCAGCAGGCUGGGAAAGAGUGGAAAUGAAAGAAGAGGUCAUUGAUGUAACUCUGGUUAUGCGCCAAGUCAGCUAUUUCGAACCUGUAAACCUCUGGUUUGGACCUAGAUUUGCUGACUUGAUACGGCUAGGAGCGAAGUAUUCCCCAUGUAUGCGGCGAGAGCCAGGGCUGUGGAAAUUAAUCAGUGAGGAACGAAAAAAGGAAAACGUCACAGGCUGUUGUGUGUUCAACGAUCGCACGGGCUGUUAUCAGACAGGUCAACUGAGUUGUCCGCGCACAUUAGCUACAUGGUACAAGUGGUCAAAACAAAUGCGUCCGUCACUGCAUAAAUCUAAGUCCGACUCGUUUCUCUUUGAAAGCAUGAGGAACGUAAGUGUAUCGCUAUCCUUCAUAGUUCCUCAUAGAUCAUUUCAUUCAAAAUUGCGCAUACAUUUGAAGGAGUGA